ACAGCGGUAAAGAGAGAGGGAGAGGGGAGGGGAGGGGAGGAGAAACGAAGAGAACAAUUACAUACAGGUAAAAGAGGACAGGCUUUCAGUGGAACAGCAGAUCGGGAUCUGAGAUGGAAUUCGGAGUGAGUCACAAAAGACCGAUGCACCGGCACCCCGACCCGGCAAACCCGCCCGAGUCGACUCGGCCGCUCCCACUCGUCGUCUCCCUCAACUGCCUCGAGGACCCCACCCUCGAGCAGGAUUCCCUCUCCGGCCUCGCCGCCGUCGAACACGUGUCCCUGGCCCGCAUCGCCGAGGGCCGGAUCGAGUCUGCCGCUGCUGUCCUCCUCCACUCCCUCGCCUUCCUCCCCCGCGCCGCUCAGCGCCGCCUCCGCCCUUCGCAGCUCGUCCUCUGCCUCGGCUCCUCCGACCGCGCCGUCGACUCGGCGCUCGCCGCUGAUCUCGGCCUCCGGCUCGUCCACGUCGACGCCAGCCGCGCCGAGGAGGUCGCCGACACCGUGAUGGCACUCUUCCUCGGCCUACUCCGUCGGACCCACCUCCUAUCCCGGCACGCGUUCUCGGCCUCCGGAUGGCUCGGGUCACUGCAGCCGCUCUGCCGUGGGAUGCGCCGGUGCAGGGGUUUGGUGCUCGGGAUCGUUGGCAGAUCUGCUUCUGCGCGGUCACUGGUUACGAGGAGCCUGGCCUUCAAGAUGAGUGUACUUUAUUUCGAUGUCCAUGAGGAAAAAGGAAAAUCCGGACGGCAUUCAAUUACAUUUCCAUCCGCUGCUCGAAGGAUGGAUACACUCAAUGAUUUACUUGCUGCAAGCGACCUGGUUUCACUCCAUUGUGCUUUAUCAAAUGAAACUGUCCAGAUCAUCAACGGAGAAUGCCUGCAGCACAUAAAACCUGGGGCAUUUCUCGUGAAUACAGGUAGCAGUCAGCUAAUAGAUGAUUGCGCUCUUAAACAGCUUUUGAUUGAUGGAACUAUUGCUGGUUGCGCAUUGGAUGGCGCUGAAGGGCCGCAAUGGAUGGAAGCAUGGGUAAGGGAGAUGUCGAAUGUGUUGAUACUCCCCCGAAGUGCAGAUUAUAGCGAAGAAGUAUGGAUGGAGAUAAGGGAGAAAGCCGUUUCUAUGUUGCAAGCAUUCUUCUUUGAUGGGGUAUUUCCAAAGAAUGAUGUCUCUGAUGAGGAUGAGGCAAAAAGUGAAACCGGGUACAAAGAUGAGCGACUUGAGAAACGAGAGAAAGAAAAUGCUUUGCAGGUUUGCGACGAUGAGCAGUUGACAGAUGAAAGUCAAUUUAGUCCAGAAAAUAGCCAAAAACCAAGUUACUAUCAACUGGUGGAGUCCCAUGCUCAGUCUCAAGGUUCGGUUCUUUCUCAAAAUACUAUCACCCCUUCUGAGGGAAGGCGCAGCAGGUCAGGUAAGAAGGGUAAAAAGAGGCCAGCUCGCCGUAAAUCCCAACAAAAGUCGGAUGAUCCAUCUGCAUUAGAAGGAGACAGCAACUGUACUUCACAGCGAGACGAUGAUACUGCUAUUAGUGGCAGAGAUCAAGUGUUGAGUUCCAGUUCUCGUUUUGCUUCCCCAGAAGAUUCUAGAAAUAGGCAAACUUGUGCUGUUGAAUUGACUCCGGAGUCAAGUUCUGAAAAGCAGGUGAAAUUAAGUGGGCUCAAUAGAAAAUCUGGUGAACUGCUGAAAGAUGGGUUCGUUAUAGCUUUACAUGCAAGAGAUCGACCUGGGUUUCAUGUGUCCAGGCAACGAGUGCCUGGUGGUGGCUGGUUCUUGGAUACCAUGUCUAAUGUCACGAAAAGGGAUCCUGCUGCACAGUUCCUUGUCACCUUUAGAAGCAAGGAUACAAUUGGUUUACGAUCUUUUGCUGCUGGUGGGAAAUUACUGCAGAUAAAUAGAAGGAUGGAAUUUGUAUUUGCAAGUCACAGCUUUGAUGUGUGGGAAAGUUGGAAGUUGGAAGGUUCUUUGUUGGAGUGUAGACUUGUCAACUGUAGAAAUCCCUUGGCUGUGUUGGAUGUACGCAUUGAGAUUCUGGCAGCUGUUGGUGAAGAAGAUGGAGUAGCUCGCUGGCUCCAUUAGGGUCCGGAGUAACAUAUACCCCUCUCGUGUCGUCAUCUUUUCGUCUUUGUAUUCCUCUCAGACCAUGUAAAGCAUUCAAUUUUGAUUAUCUUGUUGAAAUGGGGUGAACCUGCGGGCUCUGUGUGUUGUGGUUUUCCAGUUUAGAGAUUUCUCUUUGAAACUCUUGCCUAGGCUGGUGAGAUGUUGUAUCUCUACUUUCUUAACCAAGUUGUGAUUGAUUUAAAAGGAAAUGUUAUAUCUUAAACAGCUUCCAUUUGCAUUCUAUCCGAGUUGGGUAUCUUUGGAA